GCCUCAUCUAGAUCGUUCCUAGUAAAUUUUGUCAGAAGAAAUUUUCAAGUACUGUGAUUUUUGAGAAAUGUAAUUUAAUUGGAAAAAAAUACGAAAUGGGAUGUCUAUGUUUGAGAAAGACGACUUCAUCGUAUCCCACAGUGCCGCAGGACAUUGUGGAUACGCUCAAGAAGCAGACAGCACUCAAUCGAAGCCAGAUACAAUACCUGUAUAAUCGCUUCUACGAGUUUGCUGGAGGUGGCAAGGACCCACCGAGCCAUUUGUACAAGUACAAUUUUUAUUCGGGCCUGUUGCAUUUGAACCACUUGCUGCCCACCAUCCUAAACUGCAUGUUUGGUGAAAACAAAACGAUUACCUUUGUGGAAUUUGCUAUAUUUCUCAGCACUUUUCAGGCCCACUCGCUGAAGACCAAGACCGAGCUGAAGAACGAAAUCAAGGAUAGAAAGCUUAAGUUACUUUUCAAUAUGUAUGACUACAACAAGGAUGGCCGCAUUACCAAAGUUGAUCUGGUUAUAGUUGUUCAUAAGCUGUUCUCGAAUUUGCUGGAUCACAUGCAGAUCAUGCGCAUUGUGGACACCAUGAUGAAGGAAAUAGACCACUCGGACUCGAACCAAAUAUCCUUUAACGACUUCUGCGAGGCGUUCGAGGUCUUCGACAUGACUGAAAUGAUGGUCACCUGGAUACCCGAGUAUAGGAGACGAACCUCCGAUGAUUCGCAACACAUUAGAUUUUCAACAUAAGUGGCACUAUUGAAGAUUCUGUUCCUUACAAAUAAAAAACUUGCGUUUUUUAAAUUUUAA